CUACUAAUUCAUAAAAUUAUAAAAAUGUUAAAAUCCCCAAAUUUGGAAACUGCCGAAGAGCAUCCAAAACACUCAGCUGUAUUAAUAGGAGGGUCGUCAAUGUUUAACAGUGAUAGACAAGCACUUUUGGGGGAUACAACAGAAAAGUUGACGAUAAGUUAUGGAACUUUGACAACAAAUUCAAGUAAUAGUUCUACUGAUCCUUUAACAAAUGGAAGAAAGAAAAAAGCAAAGGAAAAACCUCGCAAACUUGGACUUUUCUCUUCCUCAACAGCUUUAGAUUAUUUUCUCAUUAUUGUUGGUACUUUUGCAUCUGUAGUUCAUGGAGCUGGAUUUCCUUUACUUUCUAUUGUGUUGGGUGGAAUGACUUCAGUUUUUCUUCGUGCUGAAAAUUCUGAUUUUGUGCAUGGAAAUGAACCUUCAACUUUUAAAAAUACAAGCUCAACUGAAAAUUCAACGAUCCCACCUCUUUCUAGUGAAGAAUUUAAACAUCAAAUAUUUAUUUAUUCAAUGUAUUAUUUAUUUCUGGGUUUUGUUAUGUUUAUUACUUCUUAUAUUCAGAUAGCUUGUUGGGAAGCAGUAGCAGAAAGAUUAGCACAUCGUUUGCGUCAAAAUUAUCUACGUGCAAUUUUGCGGCAAGAUAUUGCUUGGUUUGAUACUGUUCAAACUGGGAAUUUAACUGCUCGUUUAUCUGAUGAUUUGGAAAGGGUUAGAGAAGGAUUGGGUGAUAAAGCAUCUCUUUUUAUUCAAAUGUUUGCAGCAUUUAUUUCUAGUUUUGUUGUUGGAUUCUUUUAUAGUUGGCAAAUGACUGUUGUAAUGGCUUUAUUUACCCCGGCAAUAGCUUUAACUUCUGCCUGGAUGGGGAGAAUGACAGCUUCUAGAACACAAGUAGAACAAGAUAAAUAUGCAAUUGCUGGAGCUAUUGCUGAAGAAACUUUAAGUUCUAUGAGGACAAUACAUUCUUUGAAUGCUGAACAACAAGAAUUGGAAAGAUAUGAGAAAGCAUUGGAAGAAGGUCGAAAGACUGGUUUACUCAAAUAUCUUUAUAUGGCACUUGGAGUUGGUAUAAGCAAUAUAAUUAUGUAUGUAUCUUAUGCUGUUGCUUUUUGGUAUGCGUCUAGACUUGUAUUAUGGGAUCCAGAUUUUGAUAGGGGUGCUGUUUUUACUGUUUUUUUUGCUGUAAUGAGCGGUUCAACGGCUCUAGGUGGUGCUCUUCCCCAUUUGGCAAGCAUAACAACUGCAAAAGGAGCUGCAAGACAUGUCCUUAGAGUUAUUAAUAGAAAACCACAUAUAGAUCCAUACAGUGAUGAUGGGCAUAUUCUUUGGGAAGUGAAAGGAGCCAUUCGUCUUCAAGAUGUGCAUUUUACUUAUCCGUCAAGAAAGGAUGUUAAGGUUUUAAAAGGCGUCUCAUUUUCAUUAGAACCUGGAAAGAAAUUGGCUUUAGUAGGUGCUAGUGGAUGUGGAAAAUCAACAAUAGUUAAUUUAUUACUUCGUUUUUAUGACCCAACUAAAGGCACAGUUCUUUUGGAUGAUCACGAUUUGAAGAGAUUAAAUGUUAGAUGGUUAAGGGAUCAGAUUGGCGUUGUUAGUCAAGAACCAAUUCUUUUUGAUGGAACUUUGGAGGACAAUAUAAUGCUGGGGAAUGAAAAUGCAAGUAAAGAACAAUUUUUGGAAUCCUGUCGAUUAGCCAAUGCCUUAGAAUUUAUUCAAAAAUUGUCUGAUGGUUUACAAACUAGAGUUGGUGAAAGAGGUGCACAAUUGAGUGGUGGCCAAAGGCAGAGAAUUGCAAUAGCUCGUGCAUUAAUUAAAAAUCCAAAAGUUUUGCUUUUGGAUGAGGCCACAUCUGCUUUAGAUACGGAAUCAGAGGCACUUGUUCAAAAGGCUUUAAAUAAGGCUCAAGAAGGGCGUACAACAAUUAUUGUUGCUCAUCGAUUAUCAACAAUUCGAGAUGUUGAUCAAAUUUUGGUUUUUAAAGAAGGACGUAUUGUUGAAAUUGGAACUCACACAGAACUUUACAAUCAACAUGGAAUUUUUUAUGAAAUGGUCAAUCAGCAACAAAUUCACAAAAGGGAAGCUGAGAGAGCUCUAGGAAUUUUAGAAGAGGAUGGAUUAACUACAAAUGAAGACGAACAAACUGACGAUACAGACCCUUCUCCACAAACUGGUGGCGAUGCACAACCAUUAUUAUCUUCAUCUAUAGGCUCACUUCGUUCAUUAAAAGGUGCUGCUUCUUCUGCUUCCCCUCGAAAAUCAUCACAACAUAUUGCUUCUAAAUCGGCUUCGUCUCCUGGCCCAUUGAAAGGAUUAAGGAGGAGGCGGACAUCAGAGACUUCAGAUGUUGUCCAAAUCAGUCAAAUGCAAUUAGAAGUGGAAGAGAGUGAAAUAAAACCUUCAUCUAUCGCCAAGGUUUUUCAAUUUAACAAAGGAAAUUGGUCCUUUGCAUUUCUCGGUCUUUUUGGUUGUACUAUAUCUGGUUUAGUCGUUCCAUUUUUUGCUCUCGUCUAUGCACAAAUUUUUGCUGUGUUUAGUGAACCACCAGAAGAACUUGAAAGAGAUUCUUUAUUUUGGUCUGCAAUGUUUAUUGUUUUGGGAUUUUUUUCUGCUCUAGGAUUUUUUAUUUCGGCAAAUAUGCUUGGAAGAAGUGGAGAGGCUUUAACUAAAAAACUUCGAUUAGAAUCUUUUAGAAAUCUUCUUCGCCAAGAUAUUGGAUUCUAUGAUGAUGAGAGGCAUAAUACAGGGAAAUUAUGUACUCGUUUUGCGACUGAUGCACCAAACGUUCGAUAUGUAUUUACUCGUUUAAUGGUUGUUAUUUCAUCAAUCGUUACUCUAAUUGGUGCUAUUGCUAUUGGAUUCUUAAAUGGAUGGAAAUUGGCAAUAAUUUUACUUAUAAUUAUUCCUCUCAUAAUUGCUAGCGGUUAUUUUGAAAUGCAACAACAGUUUGGAAAGAAAAUGAGAGAUACAAAAUUGUUAGAAGAUGCUGGCAAAGUAGCUUCCGAAGCUGUAGAAAAUAUUCGGACUGUUCAAGGAUUAAAUAAACAAUUGGUUUUUCAUCAAAAAUAUUGUGAACAAUUGGUUAAUCCUUACCUUUCAAAUAUUAAACAAGUCCACGUUUAUGGGGCAGUUUUUGCAUUCUCUCAAUCUUUAAUUUUCUUUAUGUAUGCAUUAGCAUUUUGGAUCGGUUCGAUAUUUGUGUUAGAUGGAAGUAUGACUCCAACGGCUGUUUUUCGUGUUUUCUUUGCCAUUGCUUUUUGUGGACAAUCGGUUGGACAAAUAAGUUCAUUUAUACCUGAUGUAGUAAAGGCACGUUUGGCUGCUUCUUUACUUUUUCACUUAAUUGAAUAUCCUCCACAAAUUGAUUCUUUAUCUGAAUUUGGAGUAAGACAGAGUGUAAAAGGCCAUAUUCAACUUCGAAAUGUUUAUUUUUCUUACCCUUCUCGCCCUGGCGUUCCAGUGCUUCGUGGUCUUUCAUUGGAUGUUCAAAGUGGGCAAACUGUUGCUUUAGUUGGAUUUUCUGGAUGUGGAAAGAGUACAAUAAUGGCUUUACUUGAACGUUAUUAUUCGCCUAUACGUGGUUCUAUUCUUUUGGAUGGCAUCCCAAUAGAAGAUAUGAAUAUCCACAAACUUCGUUCUCAAGUUUGUAUAGUCUCGCAGGAACCAAUACUUUUUGAUUGUUCAAUACGUGACAAUAUUUUAUAUGGAUUACCUGACCAAAAGAAAAUUUCUCAUGAAAAAAUUGUAAAUGCUUGUACUUCUGCAAAUGCUCAUAAUUUUAUUAUUGGAUUGCCUGAUGGUUAUGAUACUCGUGUAGGAGAAAAAGGAAUACAAUUAAGUGGAGGACAAAAACAAAGAAUAGCUAUUGCUAGAGCUUUAAUACGUGAUCCUGCUGUGUUGUUGUUAGAUGAGGCAACUUCUGCAUUGGAUACAGAGAAUGAAAAGGUUGUACAAAAAGCACUAGAAACAGCACGUGAAGGUCGUACUUGCCUUAUAAUUGCUCAUCGAUUGUCAACAGUUCAAAAUUCUGAUGUUAUUGCUGUUAUUGAUGAAGGAAAAGUUGUAGAAUUGGGAACCCACAACGAAUUGUUAAGUCGUGAUGGAAUUUACAAGACGCUAUGUGAAACACAAAUUUUAAAAGACAAUAAUGAAUAA